AUGCCCCCCGAAGUGUCCCCCCAAGUGCCCCCCAGUCUCUUCCUGCUGCAGUGUCUCUCCGCCUCAGACACAGAAGCUCUGGCUGCUGCAGCUCAGGGGGCUCCAGCUGCUGCUGUGGAGGCUCUGGAGGAGGCUCCAGCUGCUGUGGAGGAGGCUCUGGAGGGGGCUCCAGCUGUUGUGGAGGAGGCAGUAGUCAGUCCUCUGGAGGCUGCUGUGGAGGGGGCUCUAGCUAUGGAGGGGGCUAUGGUCAGUCCUCUGGAGGCUGCUGCGGAGGAGGCUCCAGCUAUGGAGGGGGCUCCAGCUAUGGAGGGGGCUAUGGUCAGUCCUCUGGAGGCUGCUGCGGAGGAGGCUCCAGCUAUGGAGGGGGCUCCAGCUAUGGAGGGGGCUAUGGUCAGUCCUCUGGAGGCUGCUGCGGAGGAGGCUCCAGCUAUGGAGGGGGCUCCAGCUAUGGAGGGGGCUAUGGUCAGUCCUCUGGAGGCUGCUGCGGAGGAGGCUCCAGCUAUGGAGGGGGCUCCAGCUAUGGAGGGGGCUAUGGUCAGUCCUCUGGAGGCUGCUGCGGAGGAGGCUCCAGCUAUGGAGGGGGCUCCAGCUAUGGAGGGGGCUAUGGUCAGUCCUCUGGAGGCUGCUGCGGAGGAGGCUCCAGCUAUGGAGGGGGCUCCAGCUAUGGAGGGGGCUAUGGUCAGUCCUCUGGAGGCUGCUGCGGAGGAGGCUCCAGCUAUGGAGGGGGCUCCAGCUAUGGAGGGGGCUAUGGUCAGUCCUCUGGAGGCUGCUGCGGAGGAGGCUCCAGCUAUGGAGGGGGCUCCAGCUAUGGAGGGGGCUAUGGUCAGUCCUCUGGAGGCUGCUGCGGAGGGGGUUCCAGCUAUGGAGGGGGCUGUGGCCAGUCCUCUGGAGGCUGCUGCUAAAGUGGACCCGGAGCCAAGAAGAGCAGCAUCAGAGGCACUAAAGGGGCAAGACCAUCUUCCUUGGGCCUGCCUCUGUUGCUGA